GAUCAGUUCUAUCAUCUUUGGCAACCGCUUUGACUAUGAAGAUAAGGAGUUUCUCUCUUUGCUAAACAUGAUGCUGGAAAUUUUCCGUUUUAAUUCAAGCUCAGUGGGGCAGGUAAAUUUUUAAGGAUGAGUUAGAAAGGGAGAACAUUCUGGACUCAAAUGUUAAAAAUGUGAUCAUAUGUCUAUGUUCUCCAUGUUGGCAAACUCGGAAUGUUUCUCAUAAAUAGGGAUGUUUGUUCUUCCUCUACCCCAUCCCGGCAACUCCAAAUUACAGCUUUACGAAAUGUUCUCUGGAUUCAUGAAGUACCUGCCUGGCCCUCAACGUGACGCCUUCAAGCAUCUUUCUGGGCUAGAAGAAUUCAUUGCAAGGAAGGUGAAAGAGAACCAGGAGACUCUGGAUCUGGCCUGUCCACGAGAUUUCAUUGACUGCUUCCUGAUAAAAAUGCAUCAAGAAAGGGAAAACCCACACACAGAGUUCUUCCUGAAGAAUCUUGUUAUGACAACACUCAACAUAUUCUUUGGUGGAACUGAAACUGUCAGCACAACCUUGCGCUAUGGCAUCCUGCUUAUGCUGAAGUUCCCAGAAAUUCAAGAUAAGGUUUAUCGGGAGAUUGAUCGAGCUAUUGGCAGGAAUCGUGGUCCCAACAUGGAUGACUGUUCACAACUGCCCUACACUGAGGCUGUGAUCUAUGAGAUCCAGAGAUUCGGUGACAUGCUCCCCAGGGGGCUAGCACGACGCGUGAACAGUGAUACCCAGUUUCGAGGAUACACAAUUCCCAAGGGGACUGAGGUUUUCCCUUUGCUGGGCUCUGCACUAAGAGACCCCAACUAUUUUGCCAACCCUGAUGCAUUUGACCCCCAGCACUUCCUGGAUGAGAAUGGGAAGUUCAAGAAGAAUGAUGCUUUCAUUCCAUUCUCCGCAGGCAAAAGAUAUUGCUUUGGGGAACGACUGGUCCGUAUGGAACUUUCCCUUUUCUUCACCAGUAUGAUUCAGAACUUCCACAUCAAAUCUCCAAUCCCACCAGAAGAAAUUGAUAUCUCCCCUAUGCUGGUUGGUUUUGCUACCAUUCCGCGUGUUUAUGAUAUCUGCAUGAUUCCACGUUGAUUCUCUUUCAGUAGCAAUAAAAAGCAUUUCCGAAUUUGGCUAUCCAAAAAACAAAAAAUGAAAUACUAGUCUUUUCCUUACCAAAUAUCCUCCCACAUUCUUUUAUUCCAUAACAUCUUUGUUGUUUCCUUUGCAAAUGCAACACUAGUCAGAGAAAUAAGCAGAG